UAGAUAAUUAUCUUAUACAUAAAUUUUACUUUAUACAUAGUAUGUGGCGUAUAUGCAGGACUUAUUCAUGGCAGGAACAGAUACCUCAGCUAUCACCAUUGAAUGGGCUUUUGCUGAGUUAAUCAACAACCCACAUGUAAUGAAAAAAGCAAGACAAGAGAUUGAUUCAGUAACAAGAAGAAACAGAAUAAUAGAAGAAUCAGAUCUUCCAAACCUUCCUUACUUGCGAGCCAUAGUUAAAGAAACACUAAGGCUUCAUCCUGCGGCACCACUUUUAGGGAGACAAUCAACUGAAAUCUCUAAUGUUUGCGGCUAUGAAAUUCCAUCAAAGUCCUUAUUGUUUAUUAACCUGUGGUCUAUGGGUAGGGACCCUAAGAUUUGGGAGAACCCUCUUGAGUUUAGGCCAGAGAGUUUCAUUGAAGAAGGACAAUUGGAUGUGAGGGGACAAUAUUUUCAACUAAUGCCCUUUGGAACUGGAAGAAGAGUGUGCCCUGGAGCUUCACUAGCGCUUCAAAUUGUGCCUAGUAAUCUUGCUGCCAUGAUUCAGUGUUUUGAAUGGAAGGUUGAUGGGAUUGUUAGUAUGGAAGAGAAACCUGGCAUGACAGUUCCAAGAGCUCAUCCUUUAAUUUGUGUCCCUGUGCCUCGCUUUAGUGUCCUUCCUUCUAUUCAUUCUGUGUAGAUGAUUAUUGUGCUUAGUGGCAAAAUAAGAAUUUGGAAAAUAGUUUUUUUUUUUUAAUUUUAAUUAGAACAUGUUAUUAUGAAAUCAUGGCAAUAAUCAAUAAAUCAAUUUGCAUAAUCACCAU